UGGCGCUGACCACUUUGUUUGUUGUGUACGUGAGCGUCCUGCUCGGUUCCUCCCUCGGCUGCUCCCGGUGUUUCGUCAACCGUGAUGAUUUCCCCAUGAUGUGCCAGAAACACCGCCACGACGUCGGCCUGUGUGAGCGGAGAGUGGACCAGUUCUUCACUCACAACCAGAGGGUGAUUGAGGCUGGAAAAGUGGGGUGGGGCUACCACAGACGUCUGGGGGACAUCCUCAGACGAGAGAUUCUGCCCAUUGCGACGGACUUUAAGGACAACUUCCGAGGAGUGGCAGAGUUGGACAGAAGGCUGCAGACAGCAGCCGAAAACUUCAUCACAGCUGCUUCCAAACUGCCUAGAAAAACCGGAUGCGUCCCUCCUUGUGGUUACCAGAACCCAACGGCUGAGUACAGCUGUGCUCGCUGCCGGUACCAGUCCUGUGGGUUCCCUCUGGACUGUCCAGUCGAAAGUCUGCAAGUGAUGAAGAACCACAUGGCCGAGCUGUGGUGUGACGCCCCGUUCUCUAUACGCGGUGAGGUGGUGAGGAUCUGGAGUUUUGCAGCAAAGGUAAACACCACCAAUCUGGCGUCUUUUGAGGAGGUAACGGCGGGGGAGGACAGACUUUUUCAUUUCCCGUGUGUCGGACAGGAGCAUGAGGGGACGUACCGCUGCCAGGUCGUCGGAGAGGACGGGCCAGUUGUCAGCCUCUACUUUUACCUCACAGUGACCCCGUCCUCUCGUGAAGCGUACUUGCAAGAAGCCCGGGAAUUACAGGAGCUGUAUGAACAGAUUGUGCUGACAGGGGGCGAUGUGACGACCACCGGCUCCUCUGACCUGCCGCCGUCUCCUCUGCUGGUCACUGCGUGUCUGUCUGCAUUGUUCUUCCUGUUCCUCCUUUCCCUGUGGUAAGUCAACAUGAUAA